AUGAAUUUAAUAUCUAUCUAUCUAUCUAUCCCUGUCUGUUCAUAUCUAUCUAUCUAUCUAUCUAUCUAUCUAUCUAUCUAUCUAUCUAUCUAUCUAUCUAUCUAUUCCUGUCUGUUUAUAUCUAUCUAUCUAUCUAUCUCUAUCCCUGUCUAUUCAUAUCUAUCUAUCUAUCCCUAUCUCGGUUUCAACUUUUCUUUAACCACGACAUCAUCGGCUGGUCAGCAAGAUGACCACCUCAUCAACAUGCCCAGUGGAAGUGGUCAUCCCUGGACUAACUGUCUUCAUCUUUCUUCUCUUCUCUUUCACUUUCCAUUCCAAGUACUUGAUGGCAAAGUUUCAAGACUAUCUUCCUGUCCCUAUUUCUUGACCAUUGUCCUUUCAUGUCCAGAUGCUCCUGCUUCCCAGCCUCAUGACUCAGCGGGUGAUCUCUCCCUUUUUUAUUUUCAUUCUUCAUUUUCUGUUUUUCCUCACCUGAUUUUUGUUUGUCUGUCUUCUUUUUUUUUCUUUUGCUUUGUGUUUAUUUUUUUUUUUUGCUUUUUUUUUUCUUUGCUUUGUCUGUCUGUCUUUUUUUUUUUUUUUUUUGAUCAUAUUCCUCUCCUCCAUCCAAUUGUUUCUUUCUUUCAGAUAUUCCCUUUUCUUUGUGGAUUGUUUCUUUCUUUUCUUUGCUUUUUGUCUUCUUCUGUAACUUUUCUUUGUCUGCCUGUAAUUUUUUUGUUUUUUUUAGAUUGUCUUCCUCCUCCUCCUCCUUUUCUUUCUUUUUUUUUUUUUUUCUUUUCUUUCUUUUUUUUUCUUUUUCUUUCUUUCUUUUUUUUCUAUUCCUGUUUUAUUUCUUCUUUGCAUUCCUCUUUAUCAUGCAUAGCUAAAAUUUCUCUUUAUUUUUCUGCCUCUGUCUUCUCUUCUUCUUACUUCAAACCUCUCCUUUCUUUUUCUCUUAUUACUCUCCCCACUCUCCUCUUCUUACAUUUGCUCUUUUUCCACUACCCUUCUUUUUUUUAG